CCCCGCGCGGCAGCCCGGCCCGGGGGCGUUGCCAUGGCGGCGGGAGCGCUGGGCGCGUUGGUGGCCGCGCUCGAGUCGUACCGCGGCCGCGACCGCGCGGUCCGUGCGCUGUGCUAUGGCUGCCAGCUGGCGGGCGGCGCGCUGGCCGGGCCGCAGAGCCCCGCCGAGGGGCUGCCCGGGAGCCUCCUGGCUGUGUCGGCCCAGCUGAGCUCCUGCCGCACCGUCCUGCGCCUGCUGGACGACUUCGCCAUGCUCAGCCACAGCUGCGCCUACGGGCUGGGGCCCAAGGACGAGGACGCGCUGGUGCGAGGGCUCUCGGUGCUCUGCAACGUGGCCGACCAGCUCUACUACCCCUGCGAGCACGUCGCCUGGGCGGCCGACACCGGUGUCAUCCGCAGCCGCUCCCAGCGGUGGUGGGCAGCCAGCACGGCGCUCUGGGGCCUCUCGCUGCUGCUGGGCAUCCUGCGAUCCCUGAGAAUCUUGUUCCAGUUAAGAAGGAAGCUGAGGCAGCGGAAGUGUACUCCACCUUCACCACAGAGUCAACAGAAAAUGCGAGCCCAAGUGAAGGCUGAAGUUCUGAACAUCGUUAGUAACUUGGCAGAUCUCUCCAACGCUGUCCACUGGAUGCCGCCGGGGUUCCUGUGGGCCGGGCGGUUCCCUCCGUGGUUAGUGGGGCUCCUGGGGACCAUCUCUUCCCUGAUCGGUAUCUACCAGGCAUCUGGAAGGGGCAGUUCUGGAGCUGCAUGAGCUACGAUUAAGCCUCUGAAACCUGAUUUUAACGUGGUAAAAAGGCAUUUAGUGAGGCAGGGUGGAUUUUAACUUUCCUGGAUGCCAGUGAUUCUAAUUCCAUGAAUCCUGUAAUUGAGCGCGUAAUCAAAAGCUCUGUUACAGAGAGGAUUACUUACGGUUGACAAAUUUUAUUCAUAGAAAUCUUUUGGGUGAAUCCUCUGAAAAUCAAGAAAUCUCAUAGGAUUGAUAACAGGGGGGAAAAAAAGGUUGCAGUCACUUCCAUCCCUCCUGUACUUCCAAAUACAACCCUCCAGUCUCUGCUCUCCUCUGAAAGAGCACAAAGUCAGUGUUUGGUGGAGAAACGGACGUGAUUUUUUGACUCAGAACUUCCAAGGGAUGGAUUCUGCGAGUUCCAGCUCCAGGCCCAGCACUCGGUGCAUCAUCUGAGCCACAGAGGUGGCCUUGAGGGUGGAAGUUUCUCUGUCAGGUGUUGGGUGUCUGAGCCCAGAGCAGGUGAUACCCCAAACACAGACAGGAGCGGGUGGUGGAGGGAGGCUGCUGGGUGGCAGGUUCCUUUGUGACAGAUGUAUUUCUUUAGCGGUGAUAGGGGAAAGUAACAGCAACUGUAUACAGUGCCUUGCUAAGCUUUCUUGCAGCCUUUGAAAUGUCAUGAAUUGAGACUUGGUUAAACCAGAGCAAGCACUGCGGCUCUGGCUGUGCCUUUGUGGAAGGCCACGGGGUGGAGCUCUUCCACCGAGCUCUGCCAGAGCCAACGGACUUAGAACUAAGAAAAACGGAAAAAAACCUGUUAAUCAUUUUUGAAAUAACUGGUCAAACCAAUGCACGAGUGAGUUCUACAAUCAUAUUUUUAAGCAGUACCAAUAAUAAAUGUGAGAAAUGCUUCAAAGGUG